AUGGGCGGUAGUGUAGGUCGUGUGUUGAUGAUGUUAGGGAUUUUCACCUCUGAUCCUGAUAAGGUUUCCGUUGAUUCCAUAACGCUGUUUGUUACGCUCCUUUGUGCUUGCAUUGUGAUUGGUCAUCUUCUGGAAGAAAAUAGAUGGAUGAACGAGUCUAUUAGUGCUCUUUUUAUCGGUUUGGGUACUGGAGUUGUUAUAUUACUGGCUACUAAAGGAGCAAGCUCAAGGAUCUUGGAGUUCGAUGAAGAGCUGUUUUUCAUAUAUCUCUUACCACCUAUUAUAUUCAAUGCAGGGUUCCAGGUGAAAAAGAAGCAAUUUUUCAGGAACUUCAUGACUAUUAUGUUGUUUGGUGCUGUUGGGACAGGGAUAUCCUUCUUCAUCAUAUCAUUUGGUGCAAAAGAGUUUUUCGAGACAUUUGAUAUGGGCUAUUUCGAGCUCCGGGAUUUUCUUGCUAUUGGAGCCAUCUUUUCAGCUACAGAUUCUGUGUGCACAUUGCAGGUUCUUAAUCAGGACGAGACGCCUUUACUCUACAGUCUUGUUUUUGGGGAAGGCGUGGUGAAUGAUGCCACAUCUGUGGUGCUUUUUAAUGCAAUUCAGAAGUUUGACCUCUCAGAUGUUAACUCCAGAGUUGUCUUAAAAUUCAUUGGCAAUUUCUUUUCUUUAUUUAUAACCAGCACUUUGCUGGGUGUUUCGAUGGGAUUGCUUAGUGCCUAUAUUAUUAAAAAGUUGUACUUUGGAAGGCAUUCAACUGAUCGGGAGGUUGCUUUAAUGAUUCUUAUGGCUUACCUUUCUUAUAUAAUGGCCGAGCUCUUUGACUUGAGUGGAAUUCUUACGGUGUUCCUUUGUGGAAUUGUCAUGUCACACUAUACCUGGUAUAAUGUGACUGAGCGUUCUAGAAUUACUACCAAGCAUGCUUUUGCAACUUUGUCAUUCAUUUCAGAGACAUUUAUCUUCCUUUAUGUUGGUAUGGAUGCAUUAGACAUUGAAAAAUGGAAAUUGGUGAGCAGCAGCCUUGGAAAAUCUGUUGGAGCAAGUGCCCUGCUUCUUGCCCUAGUUUUGGUUGGGAGAGCAGCAUUUAUUUUCCCACUAUCCAUUUUAUCCAACUUUUUUAAGAAGGCACAGAGUGACAAACUCACCUUCAAGCAGCAGGUUACAGUUUGGUGGGCUGGUCUGAUGCGAGGUGCCGUUUCCAUGGCGCUGGCUUAUAAUCAGUUUGCCAAAUCAGGCCAUACUAAGCAGCCAGGGAAUGCAACAAUGAUUACCUGCACCAUUACUGUAGUCCUUUCCAGCACAGUGGUGUUUGGAUUGUUGACGAAGCAUCUUGUAAGGCUUCUGCUCCUUCCAUCAGACCACAACAGAGCUAUGGUUUCAUCUGAACCUUCUAGUCCAAACUCAACGACUCUUCCCCUUCUAGGCUAUGGCCAAGAAUCAGAAGACGUUGAAAUGGGCAGAACUGUUCCACGUCCACCGAGUUUACUUAUGCUUCUAAGCACACCAACCCACACAGUCCACUAUUACUGGAGAAAGUUUGACAAUGCAUUUAUGCGUCCUGUGUUUGGUGGGCGGGGAUUUGCAGAGUUCGUUCUGGGCUCACCAAAAGAAGGGAGCAUCCACUAAUUACAGCAAAGAAGCGACUGAAGGAUUUUUGCCCCCUUCCAGUGCAGCGCUUACAACUGACCUACUAUUAGAUGGAAAAUACAGAAUGUUCAUAUCUAUUAUGUACAUACAUUUAGCUGGACCUAUCAACUAACAUUAUAUGGUGAUUUGUGGGUUUAGCGAUAGAUUUGAGUUUUUCAGACUUAUCUUUUGUAUGUACAUAUGUUAGUAGAGUUUAUUUUUAUUCAUUUCUCCUUAUUUGAUCACGUA